AUGCCCACUACCAGAAGAUCAACUGGAGGAGCCCGAGCCAGAUCUGGCCCGACUCAGGGCCAGUCGACCAUCAGCUUUUCUCACAGAGUGUCCAAGCCCGUACCCAAGGAUCAGAAGAAGGCCACCCUUACUUCCGCUGUCGGUAGGGCAGACAUCGGCAAGCCAGUCCAGAAGGCGGAAGAAGAGACCGACGAGAUCCACCUCGACAAGCCUGCGACUCCUGAGAUCGAGGAGGCCAAGGUUGAGGAGGACGUUCCCGAGAAGUCGGAGUCUUUAGUCAGGGCCGAGAAAGUCAAUGACGCCCAGAUCAACAAGUACUGGAGAUCGGUCGAGGCCCAGCGCAUCGCACCGAGGGUUCAUCAGGGUGACGUGAGUUUGGCAGAGAAGGUGCUGCGGUACUUUGAUGUCAGCUCGCAGUAUGGUCCUUGCAUUGGUCUGCAGCGCAUGAAGCGUUGGCAGCGGGCUGAGAGACUGGGCCUCAACCCACCCAUAGAGGUCCUUGCCGUGUUGCUCAAGGAGGAGGAGAAGGGAAACUCUCUCGAGCGGGCACACAUGGAUGAACUCAUGAGCUCGACGGUAACGGGACCUGCUUGA